AUGUUCCCCACACGCGCCCUUUUCGGCCGGUCGGUCUGGAAAGGCCCAAACAUCGUCCCCCUUCCUCUCCCACGCGUCUUCCCCCCUCCGCCCAACACUCCUCCCAUCCGCACCACGAAACGCGCAGCAACCAUCCUCCCGAACUUUGUCGGUCUGCGCUUUGCUGUGCACAAUGGCAAGACAUACGUCGAGAUCCAGGUGACAGAGGAGAUGGUCGGACGCAAGCUUGGAGAAUAUGUCGCGACCCGCAAGCGUUUCACAUACAAGCAGUCUAAGAACAAAUAA